AUGUCGUCAACAACUAACUACACGGAAACACAGACAUCCAGACAAAUCCGCAAACACACAAAAGAUAAAAAUGAACCUCGGUCUCUGUGCCUCCCCAGCGUCUUGUCUCUCAUGGCCUCGUUUCUCCCUCGGCAGCUGAAGAUGCAGGUGGCCUCCACGGGGCGGGUCAUGGAGACGGUGGGCCUCGCCAUCUCCCUCGCUACGAUCCUCGUCUCCCUCGUCAUCUUCUCCAGCUUCAGGUCCUUACGUAACAACAGGACGCGGAUCCACUGGCACCUGUUCGUUGCCAUGAAGAUCCAGCUGGUCAUCCGCCUGACCUUGUACAUUGACCAGUACAUCAUCAGGUCCCUGCACAGUGACGACUACACGCCCAGGGGCAUUGAUAACACGCCAGUCCUGUGUGAAAGUUUCUACGUUCUGUUAGAAUAUGCAAGAACGGCCAUGUUCCUGUGGAUGUUUAUCGAGGGCCUCUACCUGCACAACAUGGUCACUAUCACCGUUUUCCAAGAUAAACCAAAUUACAGAGUAUAUUACGUCCUUGGGUGGGGCCUCCCGGUGCUCAUGACGGCUGUGUGGGCGGUAGUCACGGCGAUCAAGUAUACGGACACCGAGUGCUGGUGGGGCUACAAUCUGAGUCCGUACUUCUGGAUCCUGGAGGGCCCCCGACUCACCGUCAUUGUGACAAACCUGCUGUUCCUACUCAACAUCCUCCGUGUGCUUAUCACCAAACUCCAAGCAACGCUGUCUUCAGAGACGCAUCAGAUCAAGUGA